CACGUGGUUUAAACUAGCCAACCACACGAGACUUAGCUUUCCUGCUCCAAGUUAAUCGAGCUUCUACUCUAACCGAAUGAGAAAGAUAUCCAACCAGAUAAGCGUGUAAAAAAACAAAACACAAACACACAAAAUAAGCAAAUGAAAGCUAUUUAUCUUCCAACGAACACAGUUUAGUUUCGCCUAUGACAUAAAUCUUGUUCCACAGAGAAAGACGAUGCCAACUCGUUCAAGCUCACCUCCAAUCCAUGUGCACGUCAGUGAAACCACUCCAGUCCAUGUGCACGUGAAGAGCCAAAGGAAAAGUCCUGCCAGGAGACCUCAGGGAACGGUGAAGGAUGACAAAGUAACCCUUCGCCCCACUGUUAACGUCAAAACCAGAGGACCUUGGAUCCCACCAGGAAAGACAUCCACAAAGAGAAUUUCAUACAAAUGGGAGGGGCCAACACAUUGCCUGGAGGUCACACCACCAGUCGCUGAGCCGGAGCCAGAACCAGAACCGGGCCAGCCUGUGCUGCGUUUGGCUGACCUCACAUCAGAGAAAGAAGAAGAUCUACAAGGACGAAUCAGCCAGUAUGAGAGAAAGAUUGACAGCUUACUGACUGAAAUCAGCUCUCUGAAAAAUGAGGUGGAACUGCAGAAGAAGGAUCACCUGCUUGAGCGUCAGACUGAGCAGCUCAACGUCUCCCAGCGUGUGAUUGCUGAGCAGGAGGAGGAGCUGGCGGAAGUGACCGAGCAGCUGGAGGAGACUGAAAAGGAGAACACACGACUACGCCAAUCCAUGGAGAAGAUGCUGGAGGAGACGGAGCACAACUGGGUAGACAGAGAGAGUCUGCAGCAGGACAAACAUGCUCUGCUCAGGAAACUGAGGGAAGCUGAGCUCAGUGGAGCUGCAGCAGCUGAGCAGGUGUCAGAGCUGCGAGAAUCGCUUUUUAAACGAGGCUCUGCUGGCAGAGAACUCUCUGGUUCUGCGUCUUCAACGCUGACCCACCAGAAGGAAUUGCUGCUCCAGAAACUGCAGAUAUUUGAGGCAACAAGCCGAACUCUGCGCCACCUUCUUAGAGAACAGAGAUUAUCCCAGAUGGAAUCAAUCCAGCAGUCGCAGCAGAAAAAGGCCUUACUAAAGAAGCUGGAGGACACAGAAGCUCAAAACACUCAUCUUGUGGAAAGGCUCCAGGAGAAAGACGAGGAGGUUCAUCAGCUCAAGAAACUUUUGGAUGAAGAAAAGGAAAAUGCCAGGAGCUCGGCUGGUUUGACCAAAAGUUUGGAGUCAACAAGAGCUCAACUUCAAAGAUUGCUACGCAGCAAAGAGGCCGAAAACAACCGUCUUACUGUCCAGAUAAAGAACCUGGAGCGGGCAGCACUCCAGCAGAAGGUAGAGAUGGAGCGGCUGACAGAGCAGCUGGCAGAGCUGAAGCAGCAAUCCUGCACUGACCGGGAGGCACUGAAACGAGCAACACGAGCCCAGAAACAGCGAGCUGAACACAGCGAAGCCACUGCAGGGCAGCUGAGUGUCCAGUUGCUGGACAUGGAGAAGCAGGUAGCAGAGGCUUUAUCAGCAGCUGAGAGCUGGCAAAGCCGGCAUGCAGAGGAAGCAAAGGAAAAAAGGAAACUUGAAGUUGAACUGUCACUGCUGAACAGUCGUUUAGCAGAUCUGACAGAGCAACUCCAGAGUAUGGAGGACAAGAAUAGAGCAGAAAGAGAUGCACUCCUGGAUCGGAUGCAUCAUGUCACCACGGAGAACACCACCAUCAAACUGGAGAACCAGGCUCUCAAGGACACAGCGUCUGCAGUGGAGGAAAGGCUGGCCCAGUCUCAAUUGGAGAUUCAGCAAGUGAAAGCUUCAAUCAGACAAUAUGAAAGUCUGUUGGACAGUUACAAGGUGCAGGUUGUUAAAACUCGGGCGGAGGCUGAUGAGUAUUGUGCUAAGCUAGCUCAGGCAGAGCAGGGGGCCCAGGCGGUGAGGAGGGAGCUGCAGCAGGAGAUUGAGCAGGUGCGCAGGGAUCUCCUGGGCCAGCUGGAAGGGCUAGAGCCUCUUCCAGAGGCCCUUAAACGCUCCCAGGUGCAGCUUCAGGAGGCCCAGGACAGGGUGCAUGCCCAGGAGAGGCAGAACCUGGAGCUCAGCACCACCCUGACAGAUCUGCGGUUAAAGAUGGAGGCCAAAAGCAGCCAAGUGGAACAUUUCAGACAGAAGAACCAGGUUCUCUUGGAGGAGAACAGAAAGCUUCAGCAGCAAGUGGAAACUUUGGAAAGAAGGAUGGAUGAGACUGCAGCUCAAAAUAGUGACCUGAUUGCAGUCGUUGGCAAACGGGAGAAGACGCUUCACAGCAGUCAGCUCUGUUUGGAAGAAAAAACAAGAGAAUGUUCCCUGCUGAGCCGGAAGCUGGAAGAGUCCGUGGAUGAGGCUCGGCAGCAGAUUGCAGAGACUAGAGAACGUGCUGCCACCAAAGAACGCUCCAUGCAGAGCAAAAUCCUGGAAUUGGAGACCCAGCUUAGCAGAAUAACCUCUGAAAUAACUCAACUCAGACGCAGCAAGGAGGAGGCAGAAAGGCGGUACCAGAGCCGGAUGCAGGACAUGAAGGAUCGCCUGGAGCAGUCAGAUGGAACCAACAGAAGCCUUCAGAACUAUGUGCAGUUUCUCAAAGCGUCGUACACUAAUGUAUUUGGAGAUCCACUUCUGUCGAGUUCUUUGCGAGCUCCAUCACCUGUCUGAUUCCCCACCUUUGAAUAAAGCACUUACUUAGAAAGAAA